AUUGAUCUCAGUCCGCCGUGUAGUGGCUGUGAUACUUCGAAAGACGCAACUAAGACGCGCGUCACAGUGAAAAUGUUUACUCUCAGUAGAUUUUUGACUUCCAUUUUUAUUUUAUUUAGUGUUUUAAAUGGCUGUUUGUUUAAAGAGCUUCCGGACUACAUCCACGUCUGCAAGAGGGACCCGGCAACUAUCAAUGACUGCGUCGUGAAGUCCAUAGAAGCACUCCGACCACAGUUAACCAAUGGCAUCCCUGAGUUGGGGGUCCCUUCGAUAGAGCCCUUCCUUAUUAAUGAGAUCAAAGCUCUGACAUCAGACAGUACUCCGCUUCGUGCGAGUGGUCACAACAUCAAAGUCACCGGCGCCAGCGCAUUCGUUAUCAAGAGCUUGUCAGUGGACCUUGACACACUGAAGAUAAGGGUGCAUCUUCGCUUCCCCAAGCUGCACUUCGAGGGAGACUACAAGCUGGAUGCUCAAGUCCUCAUAGUGCCACUGAAGGGUCAGGGCCAGCUGAACGCUGAUGCAGUGAAAUGCGACGCAGAGCUGGUAUUCCACUCCCAAAUUGUCACAAAGGACGGAGUUGAGUACAUUAAGUUCAAGAAGAUCGAGGCUGACAUCAGCAUCAAGGACUACAGGGUCAAGCUGGACGGUCUGUUCAAUGGAGACAGGACUUUAGGUGAAGCAGCAAACCAAGCCAUCAACCAGAACAGAGGAGAGUUCCUCAAGGCAACCAAACCUCAUUUGGAGAAGACAGUAGCGACGAACCUCCUGCAAGUUGCCAACAAUAUCGUGGACGGACUCACGCUUGAGCAGCUCUUCCCCAAACCCUAGACAUAGUUCCUAAUCUAGAAUAACUUAGGUUUAUAAGCCCACUGUGAUUUAUACUCGUUGAAAUAAUUUUCUAUAUAAAUUUAUAUAAUUUUUGAUAUUUACAAAUGAAAUGAUGUUCUAACUUUGAACAGGAUGACGCGUUUAUUUUUUUUUUGUGCAAAAAAUGCUAUUGUUUGAAUUUCGAGAAAGAGAUAGAUAAGUAAAUUACGAUGUAAAUUAUCAAUACUAUUAUAAAUGGAUGUGAAAUUACAAUUUCGUAACUAAUUGUAUUUUUUAAACGAUGUUUAAAUUAAAUUGAAAAGAAAAUUAUGUA